AUGUUCUGGCAGAAAUUCAACGAGUCAAUUCGGAUAGCACUUGAAGCUGGAUACAGACUUUUUGACACGGCUGAGUUAUAUGGCACUGAAGCCGAACUAGGAGCUGCUUUGGAGGAGAAUUUGCCAAAGUGUGGGCUGCAACGGGAGGAUAUUUUCAUAACAACAAAAGUACAAAUAAAGAAUGGAAAUGCCGCCAAUUGGGCGGAAGAAAGUGUCAUGGGAUCGCUAGAAAGGCUUAGGACAACGUAA